AUGGUGGCAAAACACGAUAGCAUGUCCUCCCGCGAUGCGGAGAAGGCUGUUAUGCCUGACAUUGAGGCUCUCGAGGCUGUUGCUCUCCCCGACUUUGAUGAUCCCAAUAUCGACAAGGAGGCCGCAAUUGCAGGAUUGUUAGAGGAUGAUUCUCCGUAUCCAGAGGUCCGUUCCGCCGUGGCGAACACUGAUGACCCAUCCAUUCCUGCAUCGACAUUGCGGUCUUGGGUGCUUGGGUUGAUAUGGGCCAUCGUGAUCCCGGGUCUCAACCAAUUCUUCUUCUUCCGCUAUCCCUCCGUCACGGUUACUAGUUACGUCGCCCAACUGCUUGUCUUCCCUAUCGGUAGGGCCUGGGCGAGGACCAUUCCUAAUUGGAAGAUUUUUGGUGUGUCGCUGAAUCCCGGGCCAUUUAGUAUCAAAGAACACGUUCUGGUUACGAUCAUGGCUUCUGUGGGUUCUGGGAGUGCCUACGCCACUGAUAUCGUUGCCGUUCAGCGGGUUUACUAUAAUCAAACAUAUAACUUUGGAUAUCAAUGGAUGGUGGUAAUGUCUACACAGCUUAUCGGCUUCUCCAUCGGAGGCAUUGCCCGCCGGUUCCUCGUGCAGCCACCUUCGAUGAUUUGGCCGACGAACCUGGUCACCUGUGCGCUCUUUAACACCUUGCAUGCUCAGACUUAUGCCGGUAUCGGUACCCGCGGAGGUAUCAGCCGGGAAAGGUUCUUCUUCUAUGCCUUCCUCGGUUCUUUCUCGUGGUACUUUCUGCCUGGCUACCUGUUCCAGGCGCUCAGCUACUUUUCUUGGGUGUGCUGGAUCGUGCCCGAGAAUGUACCAGUGAAUCAGAUGUUUGGUUACGUGCAUGGCAUGGGUAUGAGUCUCAUCACGUUCGAUUGGGCACAGAUUGCGUAUAUCGGGUCUCCGCUUGCCACGCCAUGGUGGGCUGAAGCCAACAUCUUUGCCGGAUUCGUGACAUUUUUCUGGAUCCUUACUCCAGCGCUCUAUUAUUCGAACGCAUGGGAUAGCAAAUACAUGCCGAUUUCGUCCCGGGGAUCAUAUGACCACUUUGGCGCUACCUACGAUGUGACCAAGAUCGUGAAUCCGGACGCCACGUUUAACGAGGAUGCGUACAAAGCGUAUAGUCCUUUGUACAUCUCGACGACAUUCGCCAUUUCCUACGGCCUCUCAUUUGCGAGUAUCACCGCUACGAUUACGCAUGCUUUCCUGUACUUCCGCAAACAGAUCUGGACACAAGCGCGCCGGGCGAUGCAUGAGCAGCCUGAUAUCCACGCGCGUCUCAUGUCGCAAUAUCGUCAGGUGCCGGAGUGGUGGUAUGCAAUUAUUUUUGUCGUUAUGUUUGCAUUUGGCGUCAUCUCUAUUGAGGUCUGGGACACCAAGUUCCCUGUCCAAUUCUUUAUUCUUGCACUAGUCAUCUCCUUCGUCUAUGUCAUUCCCAUUGGGAUGAUCCAAGCCAUCACGAAUCAGCAGGUCGGACUGAACGUCGUCACCGAGUUGAUCAUUGGAUAUGCCCUACCUGGUCGUCCUGUCGCGAUGAUGAUGUUCAAGACUUGGGGGUACAUCACCAUGGCGCAAGCUCUGACAUUCACCUCCGAUUUCAAGCUGGGCCAUUAUAUGAAGAUUCCCCCACGGUCGAUGUUCUGGGCCCAGGUGGUUGCAACCGUUAUCGCCGGUACCACGCAGCUUGGCGUCCAAGCAUGGAUGUUCACCAAUAUCGAAAACCUGUGCUCUCCUACGCAGAAGGAUGGCUUCAUCUGUCCUUCGACGGAGGUGUUUGGGACUGCGAGCAUCAUUUGGGGUGUUAUUGGGCCAGCGAGGCAGUUCUCCCAAGGGCAGGUGUACUAUGCCUUGGUGUUUUUCUUCCUUGUCGGUUUCGUCUGUCCAGUAAUUGGUUAUCUGAUCGGCCUGAAGUGGCCAAAUAGCAUCGUCCGCUACAUCAACUUCCCGGUCAUCUUCAGCGGGACAGGUGCAAUCCCUCCCGCUAGCGCCGUCAACUAUGUCCCCUGGGCUAUCGUCGGCUUCAUCUUCCAAUACAUCAUCCGUCGGCGCCAUUUUUCGUGGUGGACAAAGUAUAACUACGUCCUUUCGGCGGCUAUGGAUUCGGGUGUAGCAGUUUCGGCUGUUGUUAUCUUUUUCUGCCUGCAGUACCCGAUGAAUGGAGAAAUCGGUGCGACGACGAUUCAGAAGUGGUGGGGGAACACGGUGCCGUUUAGUAAUGCGGAUAACGAUGGGACGCCUUUGUUGACGGUCCCUGAUGGCGGGUUCUUCGGGCCGAGUACAUGGGCGUGA